UUAGAAUGUCGAAGAAGAAAUCCAAAACGCAGAAGAAAAAGUUCUUUUCUGACCCAAAAAACAAGAACAAGGUGUUCAAGAAGAAAGAGAAGCCGGUUGAUACUGUCACAGCGGAUUCUCAUCUACGAAAGCGUGGAGCGUUUCAAGUGCUCGUACCAUCACAAGGCCAUACCAUCCCUCACUGUACACAUGGACCGUGCUUGUUGUUUGGUGAACGCGAGAAUGGGAAGAUAAAAAGUCGAUUCUUUGCUUGUGCUGUGUAUAGGUCUGACUCAGCUGCGUGUGAUUUCAAAGUAGAAAUCGAUGAAAGUGAUAAUAUUGUGCAAACUGAGGCUACCGCUAAUGGAGAACCUCGGAGUGAGAAAAAGAUUCUUAGCAGAAAGGAGCCUAUCGGUUACGGCUGCAUACCGAAGAAGUUGAAGAAAAUAUCCAAAACCUCAACGCUAGUGUUCUGCCAUGAGUGCAACGAUGUCUUCGAAACUAAGCACAAAUGUCCAUCUGUCAUCGUAACGAGAAAGCAGUUGCGUUAUCCUUCAAAGCUGUUGUAUGCUCUUGAAAACCAUAGUGGAGAGGCACAAUAUUUCUUCUCCAAUGAAGUCCUUUCCGUUCUUCUGGGCGCCAUUGAACGCUCUGGGGUUGAUGGUGUACUGUGUGUUGGAGCACCAAGACUUUCUGAGUCGCUUAGACAACAAAAAGAUGGCAGGAAUUUGUUUUUGUUGGAUUAUGACAAAAGAUACGCACAUUUUUAUCCUUCGCGUCAGUUUGCACAGUACAGCAUGCUUGUAGACCAUUUCUACGAUAAGAAAGCUCCGACAAAGCUCAACAAUUUCUUUGCAAAAUGCACUAAUGUACUUCUUGUGUGCGAUCCUCCAUUCGGGGUCUUUGUGGAGCCACUCAUGAGGAGCAUCGAAUCUUUGAAGCAUCGCUACGAGGAAUCUAGAGAAGGAGAACCCGCAGUCUUUCAUGGAUGCAUAGCUAUACCGAUGUUUGUAGGCAAACAUAUUCUUCGAACAGAAAAAAGCUACUGGAUGAGCGACUACAGGGUCACCUACGAGAACCACAAGGUGUUUUCCAAACCAUCGAAAACCACCGUAAGACUUUUCACCGACCUGAAACCAGAAGUUUUUGAUUUAUCAGCGAUAGAGGGUUACAAAUACUGUGAAUUUUGUGAGCGGUAUGUGUCGAAGAAUAACAAGCAUUGUUUCAUGUGCUCAGCUUGCACUUCCAAGGAUGGAUCGCCAUAUAAACACUGUGAUCGAUGGAAGAUGUUUCAUCAGAGAAGAAAACGAAGAAGAACUAAAUUCCUAGAUAAUGGAUAG